ACAGCCACAAACAAAGAAAAAAAAUCUCAAAUAAACUUACAAAUCCCUCAAAGUCUAUUUCUUCACAAUCAUCUCCAAACACAUCUUUCAAUCUCUUGAUUCAAACAUUUCUCUUCUGUUUUCUCGGGUCGGAUCAGGUGUAGGGAACAUGGCGACUGUCACUACUCAAGCCUCGGCCUCGAUCUUCCGACCAUGUACCUCGAAGCCAAGGUUCCUUACCGGUUCUUCCGGUAGAUUGAACCGCGAGUUGUCGUUUAAAUCGAUCGGCUCAUCCUCAAAAACGGCGUCGUUCAAGGUUGAAGCUAAGAAAGGAGAAUGGUUGCCCGGUUUGGCAUCCCCUGGUUAUCUCAACGGCAGUCUUGCUGGUGACAAUGGGUUUGACCCCUUGGGACUAGCAGAGGAUCCAGAGAACUUGAAAUGGUUCGUCCAAGCAGAGCUUGUCAACGGACGGUGGGCUAUGCUCGGCGUCGCAGGGAUGCUUUUGCCGGAAGUUUUCACCAAGAUCGGAAUCAUUAACGUUCCGGAGUGGUACGACGCUGGAAAAGAGCAGUACUUUGCAUCAUCGUCGACAUUGUUCGUGAUCGAAUUUAUCUUGUUCCAUUACGUUGAGAUCAGACGGUGGCAAGACAUCAAGAACCCAGGAAGUGUGAACCAAGACCCAAUCUUCAAGCAAUACAGCUUGCCUCCAAAUGAAGUUGGUUAUCCAGGAGGAAUCUUUAACCCUCUUAACUUUGCUCCCACGGUCGAGGCCAAGGAGAAAGAGCUCGCAAACGGGAGGUUGGCAAUGUUGGCAUUCUUAGGGUUUGUGAUUCAACACAAUGUUACUGGAAAGGGACCAUUUGAGAAUCUGUUGCAGCACUUGUCUGACCCAUGGCACAACACUAUUGUCCAAACCCUUAGCUGAAGAUUUUAAGACAGACUUUUAUGAAACUCGUAUCUCUAUCUAUCUUCUGCUACUUUCAUGUCUAUCUUUAUGUGUGUUGCGUCUUAGAGUUCUUGGUUUUUGAGCGUGAAAUCAGUAUUGGAAUUUGUUGUAGCUCCAUGAACGAAUUUACAAAUCUUCAAUGUACAGAGGAACUAAGUUAAUCAUGAUUGUGCUACUCUUUAAAAUCUAAUAUAUUCAUGUGGUACAAGCACAUCA